CAAAUUAGGCCAAACUUGAGGUUUGUAUAUUUCCACCCCACCCUCUUCUUAACUUGCUAUUAUAGAUUUAUUCUGUCGUGUUAGUUAGACUCUGGCAACAGAACAAUUAUGAUUUUUUAUAUUUUCACCUCAUUCAUUUUCUGACUAAAACAAAGAUGGAAGUACAUUGACGGCUUGAGCGCAACGAAAGCCAAAGCCAGGAUGUUAAUGGGAAAGUGCAGUGGUGCAACGAGGGGGGCUGUGUGUAGGGUGUGUAGAGACUGAAGAGAAGGGAGGGGGUUUCCCCAUCUGUUGAGCCGGUUGUGGCGCGUGCCGAACGCGUGAAUUCCACUGGCAACUCAGAGGUUCGUUGAGUGUAAAGAGCAAGAGCGGAGAUGAACUGAAACUGAAACUGUUAUAAUAAAAGUUAAGUUUAAAAUAAUACUAUUCAGCGUUGAUUCAUUUAGACAUUGAGACGUUUAAAUAAGUGGAUGACUUCAGUUUUUUGGAUCAUAAAAUGUUUUAAGUCAGACUGUUUAGCAGACUUCUAAUUCUCAUCAUAAUAGGCUAUAAAUGCAGUAUAUCCAUACUCCGCAUGGUGCACGCAUCUCUUUGUUCGUAUUGGAGGUAGUUGCAGUCUCCUCCUCUAAUUGCAGGUAAAGCCACUGUUGAUUUUGAAAACAAGCUUCUGAGGGCCCAGAAACAGAUGUUAAUCCAUACAUAGCUUGGCUUGGGUAUCUCAUUUAUUCGUUUUAGCAAUAGAUUAAUGUCGUCACCUCGGAAUGACGUUGUGUUUGUAAUGUUUUGGUGGGGGAGUAUUAUAGAAGAACCCAUAAGCAUAAAUGAACGCACAUUUAUUUAGCUAUCUGAAAAAUUUCUGGCUUUUGAACUGUACAAUUGCAACAAAGCAAGGUUUAGCUGCCCAAUAAGAUAGGGUCAGGCAUUCAUUUAAGGGUAUUUUUAAAUUAGAACCUAAAUAUUACCAGUAGACAGAUAACAGUGACAAAGUCACAAUUUUCAUUACAAAGGAGUGUGGAAAAGAAGCAUCAUGUGGUAAAUUAAGAAGGGUAGUUUUCUAGUUCUACAAAUGGUUCUUCUUUUUAUUUGUCUUUUAUUAACACAAUAAAAGAAAAAUAAGAAGCCAUUUGUUUGUAAGUCCAAUGUGUAACACGAUCUUAGAUGAACGUUAAAUGCUUACAUUUUAAACGAGAAAAGCGCAACAAUAUCACGAAAGUCCGCAUACCAGCAUUGACGCAAGGGUCCGAAGGGACCAGAUGGUCCAGACAGGAGCUAAAAUCAUCUUCCCAAGGGCAUUGUACACACCCCCUCCCCCCACAGCUCAAUGGCUUGAGUUCCCUCCCCUCUGAAGCCCAUGUACCACAUAAAUAGGAGGCUCCCCACCUCUGCGGCACACUUGAGCUCAACAUCUCCGAGAGCAAGUUUCUCUCCUCAAAAAGCACAGCAACAAACAGCAAACGAAAUGAGUCCCAGCAUCACUACUGAGGCCAAUCAGCCUCUUCCUGCGAGGUCCACUGUGGCUCAGAGAAAACAAGCCAACGAACUCAGAAAGACUUUGAAGCCCUUGCUGGAGAAGAGAAGACGUGCUCGCAUCAAUGACAGUCUCAAUCAUUUGAAGAGCCUCAUUCUGCCCCUUGUUGGCAAAGACAACGCGCGCUACUCCAAGCUGGAGAAAGCUGAUAUUCUGGAAAUGACCGUCCGUUUCCUCAGAGAUCUUCCUUCCACCCCAGUCAAAGAAUCUGCAGACAGUUUCAGAGAAGGUUACAAAGCUUGCCUCCAGCGCGUCUCCACUCUGCUUCCUAAAACUACUUUGGACCAAGAAGCGUGCCAGCGGGUGCACGAUUUCGUCCAGCAGUCAAUGUCCGCCAACGUCACCCCAACCUGCCUGAACUGCUGCGCCCAGAGCUCCAGAACUUUGCCUCAGAUCCAACAGAGAAUCCUGAGCCUCAAAUCCAGCUUCAGCUCCAGACAAGAGAGCCCAUCCCGCAGCGUCGGCGCAGUGGCACCCAGCCGAGCGCAGUCAGUCCCGCAGCAGGUCAGCGUUGGGAUGUGGAGACCUUGGUAGACUGAAUGGACAUUUAUCUUGUGUGUGUUCAUUUAUUCUGACCUGUUCUUAUUUGUAUUAUCAGUAGUCAUAGCAAAGAAGAAGAAUAAUUUGAACUGCUGUAUAGUAACUUAAUCUUUAAUAUUUAAUGCCAGCGGACGCGAGCACAGAUCUUAACGAAACUGAAGUUAAUUAACUUUUUACAACGCAAUCCUCUUUGGGGUUUCAAAGACGCGGGUUGUAGACAACACUUUUGUAAAACCCCAAGGGUUAUUUUGUUUGAGGGUUGCACACUGGACUUAAAAGUAUUUUGGUCUGUGCAACAUUUUAGUCUGUAAACACUAUGUGUUAUAUAUAAUUAUUUCAUAUCCACUGAUGGCAUUUAAGA